CUAUACCUGAAAAUUACACGUGUAUAAUAAAGUACUCCGUGUAGCACCUGCAUACACCUUCGGUCGCGUGAUUUGGGAAAGUUUUAGUUCGCUCACUGUAUUACACUAUAUCGCACGGCUAUACCCGUACAGCGUAAGAUUGUUUCAUACCGGAAACGAAGGGAAGGUUACAAUUUUAUUAUUCCAUCAUUUAUCGCUAUCACUUUUUUCUAACGCGGUUAAACGGUCGCGAUUACGUUCCUCCAAACCACGAGUGGUACGUCGACCGGAUAGUGCAAAAAAACAACAACAAAAACCAAUAAUAAAAAAAAUAAAAGUAUACACGAGAAAAAGAUUCGAGGAUUCUAUUUCUCUGCUCUUUUUUCCAUCCCUUCGAGGAUUGCUGGGAAUCGACGGUCAAGAUUCUGACUCUGAGAGGGACAAAAUCAAAUUUUCUUUAUCUGUUUUUUCCGUAGCGUUGUACCGGUACUUGAACCCUUCACAGAAUUGAAAUAUAUAUUUUUCCCCUCGCCGCUUCGUAAAACGGAAAUAAUCAAAUUCUUUGCAAACACAAAGUCGCGUUGCGGAGAAUAAUAUAAUUUCAUGCACCUAUACCAUAACGGGUGACUGAACAGCUGAAAGCGUAAUGUGAACUGAUUGAUCGGUUGGUUGAUUCAAUUAAUUUGUAGUUGUAAUUAAUUUGCACUAUAAUUAUUACCUCGAUGGAUAAACUCCCGGGAUCGGUAUGGAGAAUUGGAAGCCUAUUUCGCUUGUAUAAAUGUUUACGCGUAUUCACGGAGUUGCAUAGGGUAAAUGGAAAUGUAUUUUCGUGACAAACAGAAGAGGGUUAAAUUGCGUUGAUUUAUCGUAAGCUACAAGUUUGUAGUAAUUAAUCAAUCCUUUACAGGCUUCAUUCUAACGGUGGAUUGUGUGAUAUCGUAUUGAACACGUUUCAUUCCCAUCAGAUUCAGGGGUUGGAUUGAAGAGUUCUUUCAACGUCGAGAACAGAUGGCAGGGAGAAUAAUGGGGUUAUCAUAUUUGAAUACAGAGUAAUCCAAAAUUCCAAUCGCACGCAUAUUUACUAUUGGACAGAAGAAAAACGAACAAAGUUAUCAAAUCACUUCGAAUUAGGGUUUGGAUUAUGAUUAUCUUCCCGUUCAAAUAGUCGUGUGCGAAAAUUAGAAAAGAGAAAAACUAGUUUUUCGACCUCUUUCCUUUCUCGGUUUUACCACAAAUCUAAUUCCCGGCUAUUCCACAGCGAGCGGUUUUUACAUUUUUCAGUUUCCGUUAAAAGCUCGUGUAAUUGAACCCGCGUUUGCGUUCACUAAAAAUACUUUCCAACUUUACUGUAUAUUUUUUCACAUGAAGGGAUGGACAUUUACAUAACCAAUUUAUACUCCCCAUAACGUACAUGUCCAUGCACUGUGGAAUUCAAGUGAAAAUGCGGGCUUUCAUUUCACAUGCGGAAAUCAUGACCUUCAAGUUUUACAUAUAACGCGCAGAUAGGGACGUACUCGGCGUCACGUUGUCGCGUCCUGGGCCGUUGAAUUCCGCGGAUUUACGAUCUCUCGUUAAAACUAUUGUCUCGUGUCAUUCGCUCCGUUUUUUUUUUUUUCUUUUCCUGUUUAUCCAUUUUACUUUUUCACGUUUCAACGAACGUUUUUUAUUUGACUUGUAUUUUUUCCCCCGUGUCAAGUUUGAUUCGUUUACGCCAUUCUGGCUAACACGCGUGUGACCUGCACGCUACACACACAGGAAUACGCACGUUCCGAAUCCCUGAUAACAUUCGAAUCACGUACACACGGAAAAUGAGAGGAAAAAGAAAAAAUCUAGUAAAGAGAUUAAAUAACAAGAGCUUUUUUGUUGCCAUAGAACCAUAAACGCGCGGGUCCAAUCACUCGGCAAAUAAAAAACAGAUGGAAAAUACCGCGCCCGAUUCUAAAAACCAAAUGGAGGGUUGAAAAAAAAAAAGAAGACGAAUCAGUUUCGCAAUUCAGGGAUCGAAAGGGACGACAAAGGGAACGGCCUUUUUUUUCGUCGUACCUGAUAUCAGUUUCCGUUUUAAGUAAUUUUCAUUUAUCUUUCGGUGAUCAUUAGGGAUAGUCCCUAUACCGCAUGAUUAUCAAUCUACAAAGUUCAUCAAAGUUUGGCGUUACGCGAAGGAAAUCCCGGUUGGGUAGGCAGAAACACCAGGGCAACUUUACAUAGGAGACAUUAUUAUAAUUAUUCUUGAGUAUAGUUUACGUCCAUAUUAUUCGGCGCAUGUAAUAUGACCAUUAAAAAAUGAGAAAUGAAUUGUGAAAGAAUAUUUUCAACGGCAAAAGUUCAGUGCGAUAAAAAACAACGACGAAGAGAAUGAUUGAAUAAAUAAAAACGAAAAACUAUAUUGAAAAAACAAAAAAAAGAAGUAAAAUUAACGCCAACAGCGAGGAUAAAAAUCAAACGUAUAACCGAAAUCAAAAAUCGAAAUAACGUCUGGUGAAGAAUCGACGAAUUCACGUACAGGGCCUGGAAGUAAAUUAAUCAUGUAACAACGUACAAUGCUGAUGAUGUUUUCGUUUUUGUUGUCGUUAUUAUUAUUAAUAUUUGGAGAUCCGUUUUGCGACCGGCGUCGUUCGUCGGGGCAAGAGUUGUUGGGAAAGUCAAGUUUGACAAACGACCCGCUACUACCGCCGCAGCUUUUGCUAGAAACAUCCAUUUCGAGAUGAUUGCGUACUACCUUUUAGGCGAGGAUUAAACUCUCGUCCUGGAAAGACAAGAGAGUUGAUGGAAAAAAGUUACGAAAACCGUGAGAAAAAUUGAAGGGAUAAAAAAUAAAAAUCAACGAAUAACAGAAAACAGGGAGGGAAGAAACUAAAAUAAAUCGAAAAAAUGGGAGCCAACCAAUCGGGAAGAAGUCAUCCUAGCCCUGGGGACGAGGUAAACUUUGAUCAUUUCCAAAUUCUACGAGCCAUUGGAAAAGGAAGCUUUGGGAAGGUUUGCAUUGUACAAAAAAGAGACAGAUCGGGCAACAUGUACGCCAUGAAAUAUGUGCAUAAAGGCGAAUGCGCCGAACGCGGAGCUUUGAAAAAUAUUGCGAGAGAAGUCGAAAUUUUAUCAAAACUUGAACACCCAUGUCUGGUCAACCUUUGGUUCAGUUUUCAAGAUGAAGAAGACCUUUUCAUGGUAUCGGACUUACUUCUCGGAGGUGAUUUACGUUAUCAUAUUCAACAGGAGAUUCACUUUUGUGAGGAAAGUGUUGUACUUUUUGUCGCUGAAAUCGCAUUGGCUCUAGAAUAUCUUCAGGAACAUAAAAUUAUACACAGGGAUAUCAAACCGGACAAUAUACUUCUGGAUGAAGAAGGACACGCGCAUGUAACAGACUUCAAUAUCGCGACAGUUCUUGAAGAGGGACAAUUAGCGACUUCGAUGUCUGGGACGAAACCGUAUAUAGCACCUGAGGUCUACAUGUGUUCGUGUGAAGAAUAUGGCGUCCUUGGAUAUGGAUUCGCCAUAGAUUGGUGGAGUCUUGGCGUUCUUGCAUGGGAAACUUUAUCCGGAGUCAGACCAUAUCCUUUACAUGCUGCCACAUCUCAUAGAGAAGCACUGGCCAUUUUACAGGAAGAGAGACAACCACCGGUUCAUUGGAGUCCAGAAAUUCGCGAACUCCUUGAUAGAUUACUGAUUCAAGCUCCAGGUGCGAGAAUCUCAACGUUGAAGGAACUAAAGCAGGUUAAAAUUAUGAACGGAAUAGACCUUGCAAAGGUGCUAGCUAAGCAAAUGAAGCCUCCGUUUACUCCACCAAAGGAUCACUUGAACUGUGACCCUACGUUCGAACUGGAGGAGAUGAUAAUUGAAACAAAACCUUUACAUAAAAAGAAAAAGCGACUUGCAAAGCAGAGGUCAAUAAGAGUUGACGUACCGACAGCAGCCGCAGAUGACGUUAUAGCAACAGAUAGUACCGGUGCAGAACUUCGAGGACUGGCAUUUAUUCCCGAAUAUCGUGUUUAUAAUCGUGAACGUGAGCUCGAAAGACAAGAGAGAGAAGAAAAAGAGCGUUUAUGGGAGGAGGAAUUAAAUUCCGCAAUGAUGGGGGCCGAAGAAAGAUUGAGACCUAAACAACAGCCAACUAAAACUGGGAGUCGUCUGAGUGUAUCGACAGCUAGUGUAAAAGCUCGAAUCAACGCUUCUCCGAGACCAAAUCGUCGGAAGGGAGGAACGUCCUCCGACAUAGAUUUUAUUGAUGCGAGUCCUGAGCCUUCCAGUUCAUAAUCAGCGCCAACAAAGAUAAAAGCACAAGAAGAUAGCAACUGAACGCAAGAUAAAGAAAAAACUUUGCACAAAUUUAAAAAUGUGACGUGUUUUUUUUUGACUCCGUAUUUCGGAACGAAUGAAUGUCAUUUUUAACUUGCAGUAUGUCUUCCUUCCGAGUUUGAUAUCAAGGUAUACACACAUACGACUAACUUUGAAGGUACACACGAUUUGAUAGAAAGCUUUCGCACUGUUUUGAGGACAAAGUUGUUUCCGCUACGCGGAGCUCAUAAAUUGAGUUACAGCUAGUAACACAAUCUUCGUCAUCUUCGCUAUAGGGGUGCAGGGAAGAAUGAGAAGGGGCAGAGUGGAGCAUGGGAGAUGAUACUGAAGUCUGAGAUGCCAGUAGCUCAGACCAUUCAACCAAAUUAGCUUUCUCGGCUGAUCGUCUCCUUGCUUUCGAUCUACUUUUGUAAAAAUACGAGUUUUAUUGAACCUUCGUAGCUCGAUAACGACUUUACUUAUACAGCAAACUGUGGAACCAACAGAAACAAAAAGAAAAAAAAAUUGAUUAGGUAUUGAUAAAAUUUUUAUACGAGAUCUCGGGACUGUGUAAGCUAGAAUUUCCCGUAAAAAAUUUUUACGAAAAUCAAUUUCAAAAUCAAUUUCCUUAGAAAAAACACAUACAUAUACUAUAUUCGAAGUACUGCAUCGCAUCGCAAUUUGGGUUGCCUGCUGCUAGGACCAAUCGAUUCCCCAUUGAAAAUUCUUCCAGAGAACCGAACCUCAUUAAUGAAAUCUUGAAAAACUAAAAGGACCAAAAGUUAAGAAAAAAAACAAAUAACUUUUAAUCGUAAUUAGAAUGUAUGGGUAAAUAAAUAAUGUACGUCAGA